AAAGAGGUUUUGUGUGUAUGUGUGUGUGUGCUGGGCCUGGAAUCAAGAAGACCUAAAUUCAAAUCCAGCCUCAGACACUUACUAGCUAUCAUUAGUCCUUGCUUUUAUUAAUAUGGGGGAAAAAAAAUUGCAAACCACUGCAGUUAUCUUUGCUAAGAAAACCUCAUGAACAACAUGAUCCAUGGGAUCACGAAGAGUCAGACAUGACUGAAUAACCACGUGUGCCUUAUUUCAACGUUCAUGACACUUCCAUCACGGAGACACUUGUAUAUGCGGAAGACCAAUUUCAAUGUUCAGCUUUCGAGAAGACACCUAUAAGUGAAUGUGUGGGUGCAUUUCGAUGUUUAUGAGAAUUCCAUCAAGGUGAGAGCUCCUUUGGUCUUCGGGCUUUUCCAAGAGAAGGUUUCAUUCUACUUUUAUAGGAAAGGAAAUACACUCGGUUCCUUUAAGAGCGUCUGCCUACUAGCACUGAAGCGAGACUCAGGAAAAGCCUGGGGCAUUUGGGGACCUGGACAAUACCGUAUUAAAAGGAUUGUCUUGCGUCACGCUCCUCCCCAGCCAAUCAGAAUGGAAUCUCGAGGCACGCAUUACUAAGGCGACGGGAGAGACGCCUCUCGGUAAAGAGUGAACUGCAGCUUCGCCCUAGAGGUUGUGACCCCUCGCGGCUUCCUUAUCUCGCCCACUCCUCCCGGUAGCCCGGGUAACAGGCCUCUAGUCCGUCCAGAAUCCGCUAGCUGGAAGGGAGGUCGGAGCUGUCAAGGGCUCACGGGGACGACGAAGAUGGCGGCGGGAAAGGCGGCGGUCGGGGGGACCCCCUUCUCGGCAGCCGGGAAACUAUAACAUGACUCCUUCUCCGCCCGCCGCGUCCCAGUCCCAGGAACUCUGACCCCGCACGGCCGUGGGCCCCGAAUAACGGGCAAAGUUGGUGUCGUGGUGCUGGUGGUGACAUCAUCCGCUCAGAGCCAUGUUGUCAUUGAAGGGGAUAUACUUUAUGAUUGCACUCUUUUUGGGAAGCUUUUUCGGAAGUAUUUUCAUGUUGGCUCCUUGUUUACCUUUGAUGUUUAUAAAGCCAUCCUUUUAUCGCCGGAUCAACAAUCGCCUUGUGGCAACCUGGCUCACACUUCCAGUGGCUUUGCUGGAGACCAUAUUUCGUGUAAAAGUGAUCAUAACAGGUGAUGCCUUUGUUCCUGGGGAGAGAAGUGUUAUUAUUAUGAAUCACCGGACAAGAAUGGAUUGGAUGUUUCUGUGGAAUUGCCUAAUGCGAUAUAGCUACCUCAGAUUAGAAAAAAUCUGCCUCAAAUCCAGUCUCAAAAGUGUUCCUGGUUUUGGUUGGGCAAUGCAGGCUGCUGCUUAUAUCUUCAUUCAUAGAAGGUGGAAGGAUGAUAAGAGUCACUUUGAAAAUAUGUUAAAUUAUUUCUGUGAUAUUCAGGAACCACUUCAACUCCUCAUAUUCCCAGAAGGGACUGAUCUCACAGAAAACAGCAAGGCUAAAAGCAAUGAGUUUGCUGAAAAGAAUGGACUUGAGAAAUAUGAAUAUGUCUUACAUCCAAGAACUACAGGCUUUACUUUUGUAGUGGAAUGCCUAAGAGAAGGUAAGAACCUUGAUGCCAUCCAUGAUGUCACUGUGGCAUACCCUCAUAACAUUCCUCAGACAGAGAAGCACCUCAUAAACGGAAACUUCCCCAAGGAGAUCCACUUUCACAUCAGUAGAUAUCCAUUAGAAACCCUACCAGACUCCAAGGAGGAACUCCAAGUCUGGUGCCACAAACGAUGGCAAGAGAAAGAAGAGCGACUCCGUAUGUUCUACGAAGGUCCGAAGAAUUUUGGAUUCACAGGGAAGAGUGUGAUUCCACCUUGCAAAUCAGAAUUCAGGGUACAAAUGAUCAAACUGUUUUCUAUCCUCUACUGGACCUUCUUCCCACCUACUAUGUGUCUUCUUACAUAUUGCUACAGCAUUGUACGGUGGUAUUUUUUUAUCACAAUUAUCUUUCUUGUGCUCCAAGAGAAAAUAUUUGGUGGACUAGAAGUCAUUGAACUUGCAUGUUACCGGUUAUUAUGGAAACGACAACGAGUAGAUGGCAAGAAAAAAGAUUGAAAACAAUAGGAUUCACUGACCAGAAACUUGAGGGAUUUUUUAAAAAAAAGUUCUACAUACAGCCUUUGUAAACUGAGAAGAUUUUUUUGCAUGAAAAUUUCAAAUCUUUCUUACGACCACCAUUCUUUAUUAAAGACAUUUUGCACUUGGUUUUGUGAAAAGGAAAAAAAAAAAAACAGAUGUUGCUCUAUAUGAAAAUAGUUUUUAAUCUCAGAAUGUAAUUUUAUUAUUGUUUCAGCAAGGAGAUUCAAUGGUGAAAUAAUUCUUGCUGCAUUAUUAAACAAUCAUUAGGUUGUUAAUAGGCAAGGUAUACAAUGAAUUUAUACAAAAACUCCAAUGCUAUCAUCCAGCCAAACUAUGUAGCCAAAGGAGAUAGAUCUGUGACUUGUAACCCCUAGCACAAAUCAAGUCUCACACUGAAGAGUGGAGGUAGGUCACCUCACUUAUUCAGAUGAGUUGUCUUUUUUACUUUUUCCUCUGCAUUGCCCUAACCACCAUUUCCCAAAAGCCAUCCUCAUUCCAGCUUUCUCUAGGCCCCUGAUUGAAACUUCUUGCCCUUCUUAGAUUAGUCACAAGAUUUAACAACCAAUCAACACAAAAAAUGUGGUAAUUCAUAAGAGGCUAAUACUUGGUUUUUUGGUAACCUACAGACUGAAAAACCAUGUGUGCCCUCUUGCCCUUAAAGGGAAUCAGGUCUAUAAGUGAACAAAGACUUUACCAAUUUCUAAACCUCAAUUUGAAUUUUGCAAUGAGAAAUUUUGCUAGUUUUUCACGUCUUCAUUUUAUUGUUGUUAUAUGAUCAGUGCUCAUUUUCCUUCAGUAUAUUGGUAGUUUUUAAUCUUUGCUCCUAAGAGAGAUCUAUAUGAAAAAAUAUAUACUAACUUUUUUGCCCCCCCCCCUAAAAAAAAUGCAGAGUACAAUCUGAAAUGAACAAACUGUGGAUUCUUAAGUGUUUCUGAAAGCCUACGGAUAAGGGAAGACUACCUCUCUGUGCAUAAAAAUCUUAAUGUAGCCCUUAAAAAAAAGAAAACAGCCUUAAAGACAGUUAUUGGUAAUAGAUAAAAUUACAUGACAAUAGAAUUUCCCAUCAUAUAGCUAACAAUUCAAAUGACACUUUUGACCUACUGACAUAGAGCUCACUGUUCUACAGCUUGACUUCUUUUUGUCUCAGCUUACCUUUUGCCCUUGACCAGUUGGUUUAGCUAAAUAAAAAUAUUGCCAUCAAUGGAAACUCCAAGGAACCAGUAACAUAAACUUUCAUUUCCUUUAUGAAGCAAGAAAAACUUUGUAUUUUCUUCCUCCUUAGCAUUUGGCUUCAAAAUAAGGAAAUGGUGGACACAGGAAUGAAAAUAGGAAGGAUUUAAAGUUCAUUGACUGUUAGCAAAUCUGUUGGCUUUGUUGCAUCCUUUAAACAGCCUCCAAAGUUAUUUGCUGUAUUGUGUACUUUGCUCACCAGAGUUUUUACUUGUCCUACAGAAAAGGGAAGAUGCUGUUUCUGUUCUGUUUGUAAAAAUCUGAGUCUAAUCCCUUAAAAAAAGCCUUCAGUAAAAGGCAGAUAUGAGUAAUAGCCAAAUUUUUUUACAAAAGAAUUUCCUAUCAUAUCUGACAAUUCAAACUACAUUUAAUUAAAACAUUUUGUGCUGGACAGUGGCUCCUACUGCAAAUUUUAACUUUAAAGCUAUAAAAACAUAGUAAGUAUGGCUUACUAAUUAAAUUCUUGUAGGAAAUACCUGUUAGUCUAGAAAGAAUUUGGUGGAAAAUAAUUUUUGUUAGAAGGCACCACAAAAAAGUGUGCCUCUUUUACAAAACUAGCCUAUAUUAAACUAUCUUCCCUCCUCUCAUUACAGCUGCUUUUAAUAAUCUACACAUAGCUACUAAUUGAUUAUUACAUACAUGUGCUGAAAGCCAUCUGUUUAACUUCAUGGGUUUUUUUGUUUUUAUUUGCCGGUUGAAGGGAAGUUAACCUUUUUUCCAUUAUAAAAUUGGUUUCUAAUUUAGGUUUGUCUCAAACUUCCUUUGGCUAUAUUUAGAAACUCAGAAAGAUUUUGACAGUUGGGAUUUCUCAGUUGUAGGUGGGCAAGGAAAGGUUAUGCUUUCAGUCAUGAAUGUGUUUAUUUAUAGUAUAUAUUCUUUGUAAGUUGAAAUCAUAGCUACUGUCCAUAGCUAUGCCGCUCCCUGUCUGAGGAACAUUUUCCAUCUAAUCUGAUGCACUUUCAGUUCUGAAUCUUGCAAAGAAAAACACUGUUUUUUUCCCCACAGAAGACAUUUUUAAGAUUAAAUUAUAAGCCUUAAAAAAACAAAACAAAAAACAAAAACAAGACUUCAGAAUCAGAAGUUACAGACAUUCAUACCAGGGAGAAACAGUUUUUACAAGGCUCUGGGGAGGGGUUAGUGGAGAGAAAAUGAAAUAAGCAGUUUUUGCCUGGAGAAAGCAGUGUUCCAAUUCCCCCUUUGAAAUGGAGAAAAAAAAAUUUUUUUCUCUGCAUUUUUCAUCUUUUGAAAAAAAGUUUUUAUUUUAAAUAAAAUUUUCAAAACCUUUAAAGCAAUUACUACUUAUUUGUAAUAUCCCAUUGCUUUUGAAAUGACUCAGAAAAAUUAAUAUGAUAAUGGCAAAGUUAUAUCCAUAUGUCUUCAGUCCUUACAUCUUUCACUGUCCUCCACUUUGGUGCUCUAGAAACAGAGCUACUUGUCUCCUGGCUCCAUUACAAUUCAGAGGUAAUAAUCUCUUAACCUGUAGAAGCCUUGGAAAUUGUAAUAAUUUACUUGUCCAAAUGUUCAAUUUUAAAAUUGCCAUUCUGUGAAAUUUUAAAUAAAGUCAGAAUGUUUUAUACAGGGCAUGGACUGUGAUUUCCUCAAAGACUCACAAGUAAGUUUACUAAAUAAAUAAGGAUCCUUUUUCCUGACCUGAGUGGAUUAUCAGCAAAGAUAUGAGACAGAAUACCUCGUUAUUUUGAAUAUUCAUUAAUAUUACAUGAUAAUAGGAUGAGCAUUUGUGAACUGUAAGGGAAAGAAAGAUGUAUAAGAAAGACCUUUUAUUUAAAGACUUUAUAGCAAAUUUUAUGUUGCUUUGUUAGCAAAAUGUAGAAUGCAAAAAUAAUACUCAGAACACCUUACAGUUAGAUCACUUGGAAAUUUGGAGUCAUUCUAAUAUUAAUGUAUUAGAAGCCUUAGUGUUCCGUGAGCUCAUCAAAAUAUACUGAAGAUGUGACUCCUGUUUUCUUUGCACAGUCUCUAAGCUCUGGUCUCAACAGCCAUGCCAUCCUUGUGCACUUUACAGCAACAGUUCCAGUAGAGGAACUUGUUGGUGGAUUGUUUACAUUUCUUUGUAUGAAUGACAUGUUUUUAGUGCCUUGGUUAUGGGUCUGGUUUAGUUUCAGAUAUUUCUGUACUAUGCCCCUCAGACAAAGGUUUUUUUAAUUCAUUUAAAAAGAACUGUUUAGGCUUGUGGUCUCUAAAUGCUUGUUACUAUCGUUGGUAAACAUCACUUUAUGACAAUGUUUAGGUAACAGCUAAACUCCAAGAAAUUUUUUGAUUUGUAUCAGUUUUAGAAGAUGCACAAACGAAUUUGCCAAUGACUGUGUUGCCUUUAUUUUAAAUGUUGUUUUCAGAAGGGAUUCUUGUUUUUGACAGCUUGCUAUCUUAUAAGAGGAUUGUAUAAAAAAAAUACCAAGAUAUGAAAACUCACAGAAUGGCCUUAGUUUUCAUUAUCCAUGAAAUAUGUUAAGAUGUUUGUGAGCCAUAUAUCAGUCAUGUAUCAUACAUCCCAAAAUAAAAUGGAAUACUUAAACAA